AUGGUGUGGACCAGCCCCCGGCGCAAGCCUGCCACCAAGCGGCGGUGCCUGGUCACGGGAGGCUCGGGCUUUGUGGGGCGCCACCUCGUGUCGCAGCUGCUGGACAGCGGGCGCUGGGAUGUCACCGUGUUUGAUGUGCGGGCCGUGGAGGGCGAGGAGUGGGCCAAGUACAUUGUGGGAGACCUGCGCAACGCCCAGCAGGUGGCAGACGCCUGCCAGGGCAUGGACACAGUGUUCCAUGUGGCCACUGCCGCCCCCACCGCACACAACAGCCUGAACGAGGCUCUCAUGAGGGACGUCAAUGUCGGUGGCACGCAGAAUGUGAUUGACGGCUGCGUGGCGGGCGGCGUGGCACGCCUCGUCUACACCUCGUCUGCCUCGGUGGUGUUUGAAGGGCGGGACCUGGUGCUGGUUGACGAGAGCCAGCGGUAUGCCGCCAGGGCCGCCGUUGACUACUACACCCACACCAAGAUUGAGGGCGAGAAGCUGGCCCUGGCGGCCAACGGGCGCGGCGGGCUGGCCACUUGCUCCCUGAGGCCCAGCGGCAUCUUUGGAGAGUACGACACGCUCAUGGUGCCCACCACGGUGCGCAACGCGGCCCGCGGCAAGCUCAAGUACAUCAUCGGCAGCGGACGCAACGAGAUGGACUGGACUUACGUGGGCAACGUGGCGCAGGCCCACAUCGAGGCGGCCGAGGCGCUGGAAGGGCCCGACUGCCCGCUGGGCGGGCGGGCCUACUUUGUGACCAAUGACGAGCCGCGCACCUUCUGGGGCUUCAUGGGCGACGUCUGCGAGGGCAUGGGCUACCCGCGGCCGCACGUCAAGCUGCCCUUUGGCCUCAUCUACUUCAUCGCCCUCAUCGUGCAGCUGCUGGUGGUGCCGCUGUGCCGCCUGCUGGGGCGUGACAUGCAGUCUGACUUCACGCCCGCCCGCAUCAAGAUCACGGCCACCAACCGCACCUUCUCCUGCGCGGCCGCCAGGCGCGACUUCGGCUACACGCCAAAGGUUCCUGUGGACGAGGCGUUGAAGCGCACGCUGAAGCACUUUGCGCACCUGCACGCCAGCAAGCAGAAGAAGGGCUGA